AUGAAUAAUAUCCUCCCUUCAAAUGGGUCUAUCCAUGGUAUUCCUGCCUGUAUUGACUACACUCCUGAAAUGGAUUUCUCUACACUUCAAGCAUUCAUCCCGUUAAUUUAUAUUACACCAACUUUAGGAAUUAUGAUCACUAUACUGGUCAUGUACCGAAAUGCAAAAAAGAAUGAUAACGCAGCAUCUAUGGAUAGCGAUAUUUUCACAUUGAUCAUGCUCUAUUUUCUGUUUAACUCCAUGUUUUUCAUCGGAGAUUACCUCCGGUUCAAUCUCCCAUCAUCUGGACUGAUCACAUCUUUUUGUGCAAGUGUUCGUCCAAAUAGAUGGUUUGGUAUUCUCAUAAUAUACAGUUAUGCGACAAAUUAUCUUACCAUCGCCUGCCCAUUAUUAGUUUGUACGGUUCGAUUGACUAUAAUGAUAUCGCCACGUAACUGCCGACAUUAUUCUGAUUUGGUCAUGCGAUGGUUUGUUAUGCCAUUUCUGUUAUUAGCUCCAGCUGCUUUGAUUUUUUUGAAUUUCCACGUUUUUGGUUACUGUAGGCAACUGGGUCCACCAUUCGAAUUUGGGUCUAUUAUGAUUUAUGAAGGAGACGAAUACUAUCACACUAAUACAUUAAUUCACUUCUCAUUCUCUUGUUUCAUGCUACUUUCUGGUUCUAUUAUAUCUGUUUUAAUGCUUUUACAACUUAGAAUCACUGUACCAAGUAACACAUCUGCUCGAACUAAAGAAUUAAGAAGGAAAAUAGAGUUAUCUCUUUCACUGACAAUGCUUUCGGGUAUGGUUCCAUUCAUCACCAACUCAAUUGUCUCAGCGACAUUCCUAUGGAGUCGUAGUAAUUGGUUUGCUUCUCUGAUCCUACAUCCCAUUGGAAAUGACUUUGAAACUGUUAUGAUGCCUUGGGUUCUCUUUUUCACUCAUCCAUUAUUCCGUAAAAAGAGGAUGGUUCCAAAAAUGAGCACAAGUUCUGUUGCAUCAAAAUCGACUAGUGGUCGCAAAGGUUUGUUUUAA